GGCGUUGCGGUGACGCCACUCCCGGGUUGCGGUGACGUCACUGCCGCCGCUGCCUGGCGCGGGGCGCGCGCGGGACGGAGGGGGCGAGCGGCGGCUCUGUGAGGGCUCCGAGCGGCGUCUCCGUGAGGGCUCCGGCGGCGCCUGCGGCAUGUUUCAGACCUUGUACAGCUAUUUCUGGUGGGAACGGCUCUGGCUCCCGGCAAACCUCACCUGGGCUGACCUGGAGGACCGGGAUGGGCGAGUCUAUGCCAAAGCCUCUGACCUGUACAUCACCCUCCCCUUGGCCUUCCUCUUCCUCAUUGUCCGGCACCUCUUUGAGACGUAUGUGGCCACCCCCCUGGCUGGGCUCCUGAAUGUCAAGGAGAAGGUCCGGUUAAAAGCCACCCCCAAUGCAGUGCUGGAGAAGUUUUAUGCUGCCACCACCAAGCACCCCAAGCAGGCCGACGUGGAGAUGCUCUCCAAGAAGAGCGGCUGCACCGUGCGCCAGGUCGAGCGCUGGUUCCGCCGCCGCCGCAACCAGGACCGGCCCAGCCUGCUCAAGAAAUUCCGGGAGGCCAGUUGGAGAUUCACCUUUUACCUUAUUGCUUUCAUUGCUGGCAUGGCUGUCAUAGUUGAUAAACCCUGGUUCUAUGACCUCCGGGAGGUGUGGAAGGGAUAUCCCAUCCAGAGCAUGCUGCCCUCGCAGUACUGGUACUACAUGAUCGAGCUCUCCUUCUACUGGUCCCUGCUCUUCAGCAUCGCCUCCGAUGUCAAGCGCAAGGACUUCAAAGAGCAAAUCAUCCACCAUGUGGCCACCAUCAUCCUCAUCAGCUUCUCCUGGUUUGCCAACUACACCCGUGCUGGGACACUCAUCAUGGCCCUACACGACUCCUCGGAUUAUCUGCUGGAGUCUGCCAAGAUGUUCAACUACGCCGGAUGGAGGAACACCUGCAACAAUAUCUUCAUCGUCUUUGCCGCUGUCUUCAUCAUCACCCGCCUGGUCAUCCUGCCCUUCUGGAUCAUGCACUGCACGGUGUUUUAUCCGCUGGAUCUCUACCCCGCCUUCUUUGGCUACUACUUCUUCAACUUCAUGAUGGUGGUGCUGCAGUUGCUGCACAUCUUCUGGGCCUACCUCAUCAUCCGCAUGGCCCAGAAGUUCAUAACUGGAAAGGUGGUGGAGGAUGAGCGGAGUGACCGUGAGGAGACGGACAACUCAGAGGAGGAGGAGGUGGCCAAGAACGGGCCCCUCUCCAAUGGCCACCCUGUCCUCAACAACAACCACCGCAAAACCGACUGAGUGCCCCGGACCCGAGAGCUGCCACCUCCUGCCACCGGCCCGGCCCCUCUGGCCGCUCCACACCGGGACCCCGGAGCGCCUGCCAGGCCCAGCCCCUACGGAGCGGGGCCGCAGCUCUGCCUCACACUCACUGCUGGUGCCCUUCCACCUCUCACCUGCUGCCUUAAUCCACUGCGGUUCCCCGGGACAGGCGGGGACCCCACCGGGGUGGCUCCCAUCCCUCCGGGGCGGCUCCUUCCCGCCCCGCAGCCCCUCGGAUUGGCUCUGGCCAAAGAGCUCGGCCCCAGCCCCUUGCCGGGAUCUGUGUUAUUCCUACUUUCCCAACCAUUCCUUCACCGGAGGGAGGGGAAAAACCCCUUUCCCUGACCUGUGUCCGGCUGGAAAAGCCGGCUCAGCCCCUGCUCCACCGAACUGGGAGGGAGGAGCAGGGAAUUCCUGGGUGUUUCAGUGCCGAAAUGAUGGGAUGACACUAUGGAAGUACUUGGGGGAAGGAAGCUGCGGGGCUGAGUCACUCCUUGUGUCUCAGAGAGUUUAAUCCUCUCUCAUUUCUCUUCGGUAAAUGGAUUUUGAGUCUCUCCCUCUCCAUGGCCUCUCCCAGCUGUAACAGGACAAAUUUCCAACUGAUAUUUCCUUUUUUUUUUUUUUUCCUUUCUAUUUAUUUGGAAGACAGAAGGAGCCGGGCUUGGCUCAGUCUCCUGCAUCCCCCAGGAUGCUGUGAGACCUCCCAGCAUGGAGGGUGGGGGGGGAAAAGGACCAUUAACCAAUGUCAGACCAAAACGUGUUUUGUUGUUCUUGUUUUUUUUUGGUUUUUUUUUUUCCUUUUUU